CUUGCCAAGUGUCGUAGGAAGCGCAUCGUGAUGAUUCCUUGCCAAGUGUUGUAGGAAACGCGUCGUGAUGAUCUCUGUCUUUCCACUUCAGUGCCGCUGUUGACCGUCUAGCGUUUCAUUGCUCUUCCACGCUUUCUAUCAUCAGUAAGAGAGUGAUAUUACAUCUGAUCGAGACAUUGUCCACCAUGAGCACAUCUCAGCAGGAUGAAUAUGAACAAUACAUUAUAAGCAAUAUGGUGGAACUUGUUCAAACGUUGUGUGUUUCUGCUAUAAUAGACCAUUUACUCUCACAUCGUUUGGUAACAAUGGAAGAAUGUGAUAGACUGAUGCAAUGUUCUACUGAGCAAGCGAAAUCUCGCAUGUUGUUGUGUCAGAUUUUGCGAUACAAGGGAAAUGAUGUUGUUGGUAGAUUGUGUAACGUCCUCGUUGCUGCAGGACAGCAGCACAUUAUAAGAGAAGUUCUAAGGAAAGAAGUCGGACAAACACACGUUGUCCAAAGACUGACAACAACGGGGAAUACUCAGGGGAUAGGAAGAGAUCCCCAAGUUGCUGCUCCAGAUGUUGGAGAGAUGGAAAUGCUGAAAGAUCAGGUGGUACAGUUGGACAGAGAGAAGAGAAAGGUGACGGUGCAAUUGGAGAAGGAAAGAAAACGAGCGGAGGGUGCACAGAAAGAGCUGUGUACAGCAAGAGAAGAAACCCGGAAAGCAAAGAUUGAAGCAAAGGGAGAACGGCUGAAGAAUACGGCACUUGAAUAUGAAAAGUCAAGGUGUCCUGCUAGUCAUUAUCAUCAGACGCUAAAAACAACAGACGUGGAUUGUUGCUGCAGUGCAGGCGUCACAUUCAGAAGCGAGACACGUCGGAAAGACUCAAAAGACGGUGGGCCACAUUCAGCAAAAAACUCAGCUAAUUGGUCAUUGGCCAGUGCGUCAGGUCUACAAUCGAUACGUUGCGACCGCACUGUCCUCUUGAUAGGCAGGACUGGCGCAGGAAAAUCGACUUGUGCAAAUGUUCUAGCCGGUGAUGAUCCAGGAAUAAAAUUCAAGACUAGUGAUAACUUCGUUAGCAAGACAAAGAAGGUGCAGAGCGAAAUUGCUACAGUGCAUUGGUUUGACAAGACGUACAAAGUCAAGAUUGUUGAGAUAAUUGGCAUGGGUGACACUAAUCUAGACGAGAACGAAAUCUUAUUUCGCCUCGCAAUGGCCUCCCAUAAAUGCAAAGACGGAAUCAACGCCAUCUUUUUUGUUGUAAGAGAUCGUUUUACAAAAGAAGAAGCUGAUGCUUGGGAAGUCAUGUGCAAGGUACUGUUUGGUGAAAACAUUUUCAAUUACACUGCUAUUGUGAGAACAAACUUUAGAGAUUUCAGAAAUAACAAAGCAACCUUCGACGACCUUAGACAGUUAAGGCGAGAAGGUGGUGACGCUGCAAAGAGAAUCUUGCCUGGCAUACAGCACUUUAUAUACGUCAACAACCCUGAUCCACGAGAUACAGAAAGAGCCCCUGCAUUACGUGCUGCUUCUCGAGAGAAGCUUCUCGGGCAUCUCAUCGACAACUGUUUUGAAGUCUUUCGACUGUACACGCUGCGUGAGAUUGAGCAACGUAUUGCUGCGCACGCACAAGCAAGCGAGGAAUCAACUAAAGAAAUAAAACGGUUGGAAGAUAAACUCAGAAAAUGGAAAGAAGACCGUGCAAAAAUAGAAGAAGACCGUGCAAAAGAAGAAACAAAAAGAAAGAUAGCAGAAGCAGAGGCACAAACAACGAAGGAAAUGACAAGAAUCGUGAUGGAGCAAUCAACAGUGUUAGGACCAGCUGAGAAAGUGUUGAAAGUUGCUAACUGCUCUGUUAUGUGACUUUAACUCAUUCAUAUAAAAUGAUGUCUGCACUAUGCUAUUGUAGUAUUCGUGUAGAAGUUGUAUGUUAAACAGUGUUAGAGAUUGAAGACACGUAUGUCUAGAUAGUAUAGUAAAUAAUUGUGUCUUGAAAAUGUGAGUUAAAUCUAAAAAGUUGGAAGCCCUACGAUAGUAUGGAUAUAU